AUGGCUUUAUUUUAUUAUGUUGAUUUUUCUUCCAAUUUUCAAAUACUUACGACAUUAUUUUCUUUUCAAGGUUUAAAUUCUGCAGUAGCAGGUAUAAUUCAACCCGAUACUACCACUACAAUAGAAACAACAACAACAACAGAAACAACGACAACAACAACGACCACAAGUACUACUACCACUACUACAACUACAACUCCUUUUGAGAUUAUAGUGGACAUGGCUGAUCGAGAGCCUGUCUAUAAACUUGCUACUCGAAAUGGUACCAGACCUUUCUUUGGCGGUGCACGAACAAAACUACUUGACAUUCUUGCACUCGAUAAUCAAUGUCAACAAGAUUCAUCAACUAUUGUUGUCGAUGUUGGUACUAAUCUAGGAGAAUUUGGCCUCUAUGCUGCAGCAUGUGACUGUAAUGUUUAUAUGUUUGAUAUGCAGCCAGUUUUAGUUGCUCUUAUUAAUAUUUCAAUUCAAGUAAACAAAUUUUCAUCAGAUUCUGUCCAUCUCUAUCAUAAUGCAGUUAGUGAUGAAAUAUCAAAUACUACUUUUGAAGUUACAGAACCUUAUGAUCUAACACCAAAUUCAACACAUCCAAUAGAAGUUCAAACAAUUCGUCUUGAUGAUAUAUCAUGGCCAUCGUCAAUAUUUUUAUUAAAAAUUGAUUUUGAUGAUGCUGAAAUAGAUGUACUUCGGUCAGCAAAAACGCUUUUUGAAGAGAAACGUAUUCGUUAUUUAAUUCUUAAAUAUGAUACAGUGGUAAAUGAAGAAUCUGUAAAACAAGCAUUAAUAGACCAUUUAAGAACAGUUUUAAGACCAAAGCUCGUUUAUAUAUUUCAUCUAGUUGAAAAACAAUUAUAUGGACCCUUAAAUAAUCGUCAUCUGGAAGAAUUACCAAGUAAAAAAGACAAAAA